AUGUCGGCAGUGAUGCGGGACGGCUAUAGCCACGCCCGUGAACUCCCAUGGACCUGGACCGUGUAUGCAAGGCCGGAUGAUAUCCAUCUGGAGCAAUAUGGCGCCGGCCUCUCGGCGGACCAAAGCACCAAGAAGGCGGGGGAGGUGAACAAGCUCGAAGCGCUUUCCUUUCAGUACACCAAGGAAGAGGAGAAGCGGCUGCUGCCGAAAAUCGACAUAAUCGUGGUGGGCUAUGUGUCUGGAGCCUAUUUGUUGGCCUACAUGGACCGCGGAAACAUUGGCAAUGCCAAUACGGCUGGCAUGUCGAAGGAUCUGGGCAUUGACGACUCGCAAUACCAGUGGCUCCUGACAGUCUUGUAUCUCGGUUAUAUUCUGUUUGACUGGCAAACCAUAUUCUAUAACAAUUUCCCGGCUCGUUAUUACGUGUCCACGGUGGUGAUGAUUUGGGGAAUCAUUGCUAGUGACUAUGCUACGGCCCAGAAUUUCGGUGGAAUGCUUGUGCUAGGUCUCCUACUAGGCAUCUUCGAGUUAUCCUACAGCCCUGGCCUGGGAUACUUUUUCUCGUUCUUUUACCUUCGUGGCGAAAUGGGCCGGCGUCUCGGCUGGUACGUCUCAAUCGCUCCGUUAGCGGCAUCCUUUGCCGGUGCGUUCGCCUUUUUCGUGACUGAGUACAAGCAUGCCAUUGCUGGCUGGCGCGCCCUUUUUCUUGUCGAGGGUUUUCCUGCAAUUCUCGUGGGUCUUUUUGGUUACUGUUGGCUACCCAGCAACCUGCAAGACUGCCAGUUCCUAACGGAGCGCGAGAAGAAGAUUGCUCUGGCUCGGAUGGUUCGCUCCUUCGGCGACAAAGAUCGAGGGCACUCGAUCAAUGUCAUGGAGUUCUUCUGGAGCUUAAUGGACAUGAAGAACUGGAUCCCGACUCUCAUGUACUUUUCCUUCAAUAUUAGCUACUCCUCUCUGCCGAUAUAUGUGCCCACAAUUCUCACAGGAAUGGGACUCACCAACCUCAACGCGCAAGGUCUUUCUGCGCCGCCGUAUGUGUUCGCGGCAAUAGUCGUGCUCAUUGUCGGAUACAUGUCGGAUUACUAUAACCGACAAGGCAUCUUCCUGGCCAUCUGCAAGUGGCGUUGCCGCAAUAGGCUGCCUGAUCCUGUGCCUUGUGGAGCGGGUUGCGGUCAAGUACUUUGCCAUCUUCCUGGUGACGGGCGGACUGUGCCCGUGCAUCGGGCUGAUUCUCUCGUGGGUGUCAACAACGGAGACGACAGCAAGCGAGGGGCCGGUUUCGUUUUGAUGAAUUUUGUCGGCCAGUGUGGACCGCUGGUGGGCACACACAUCUUCCCCGCUUCCGAGGGACCAUUUUACCAGGAGGGCUUCUAUAUUUCGUUUCGCUUCUGCCUGUUUGCGGUGCUGCUGGCGGGAGUACAUAUCUGGUGGCUCAAUCGUCUGAACAAGCAGCUCGAUGACAAGUACGGGCCUGUUACUUCGCUGAUUAACGCCGAGGACGAGAUUGACGAGGAGAUGUAUCAGAGCGAGACGUUUCGAUAUGUACUGUAG